AGAACACAUAGAACAGAACCUGCGCCCGCGCUCUGUACAAGUUGAUAACCUGAAACGACGCGUUUGUGAACUUGCUUUUGGUUUUCUAGUGCCGCAGAUAAGAACGAGGAGCCUUCUGAACAAAGGCAACAAUAGUCGGACUGAUUCCCUGCUGCGCUUAAAAGCGCUGUGAACUCAAUGCUGUGUACUUCAAUUGCAAUUAACAAUUGACAAUCGUCUCAACACAAGGCAGCGCUAGUGUUUACGCAAGGUGUUUGGUAAACAUAGUUAUCGGUAGCUCAAGAUUGCCACCAACCAGCAUAAACAUAAACACUCUACGCUCUACUCUUCACUCUUCACAUUCCUAUAAAAUCGUGACUGCCGCAUAGAAAAGGACGCAUUGCGUUUGGAAAGCUCAGCAAAGCACAAUGUACAAAACUUCGCCGGCAGUAAUUGUGCUGCUGCUGCUGCUGCAGUUGCUCAACUCUGGACAAGCUCUGGAGAACGGAUUGGCACGAACUCCACCAAUGGGCUGGAUGUCCUGGCAACGGUUUCGCUGCAUCACAGACUGCAACAAGUUUCCUGACGAGUGCAUAAGUGAACGCCUUUUCCGUCGACAUGCGGAUUUGCUUGCUUCCGAGGGUUAUGCUGAUGUGGGCUACGAAUACGUGAUCGUUGAUGAUUGUUGGCUGGAGAAGGCUCGUGACAAUAAAACAAACAAGUUGGUGGCUGAUCGCACGCGUUUUCCCAGCGGCUUGAAUGCUCUAGCUGAUCAUGUUCACAGCAGAGGUCUUAAAUUUGGGUUGUAUCAGGACUUUGGCACCCAUACCUGUGCCGGGUAUCCGGGUGUGAUCGAUCACAUGCAGCUCGAUGCCCAAACUUUUGCCGAUUGGGAUGUUGACUAUGUUAAGCUGGAUGGUUGCUAUGCCAACGUUACCGACAUGGCCGAAGGAUAUCCACAGUUUGGACGCCUACUCAAUGCCACUGGCAGACCAAUGGUUUAUUCCUGCAGCUGGCCUGCUUAUCUGGAAGACGCAUACCCGGACUAUGAAUCUUUAAUAAAACAUUGCAACCUGUGGCGCAAUUGGGAUGAUAUUGACGAUUCCCUGGAAUCGGUUUUCCAGAUUAUGGAUUACUUUGGGAAAAACCAAGAUAGUAUCCAGCCUCAAGCCGGCCCAGGACAUUGGAAUGAUCCCGAUAUGCUAAUUUUGGGCAACUAUGGACUAAGCUACGAUCAAAGUAAACUUCAGAUGGCUGUUUGGGCUGUGCUUGCGGCACCGUUAAUCAUGUCCAACGACUUGGCCAAGGUGGAACCGAGGGUCAAGGCCAUACUGCAGAAUCGAGAUGUCAUUGCUGUGAAUCAGGAUCCGUUGGGUAUCCAGGGUCGUCGUCUGCUCGCUAAACGAGAUAUUGAGGUCUGGCGCCGUCCCAUAACGCCCAAAAAUGAUGACCAGGAAUACUCCUUUGCUGUGGCCUUUGUCAGUCGUCGCACAGAUGGCGAACCUUAUGGCGUAACCUUCUCACUUAAAGAGUUGUUGCUGACAAACAGCAAAGGUUAUAGUGUUCAGGAUCUGUUUGAACCUAAGAGCAACUUGGGCGUUUACGAGGCAGACAGUCAAUUUUCAACGCGUGUGGUACCCAACGGUGUAACUUUCUACAAGUUUACAGCGCUGUGAAAAACAAACGCAGCUGCUAAUGAAGUAAUUAAAAUAUGCAAAUUUGUGGGCUGUCAUUCAGCUGGCAUCGAAUACGUUUGUCGAUAAGAAUAAACUUUUGUAAUUAAAUGAAGGAAAAAAAUAAGAAAAAACACAACGAAAAGCA